GCAUCGCUUCCAUAGUUCCAUCCAAAAUGCAAGUUGCAGCAGGGUCGUCGGCCCUCUUCUCCGCCGCCAAACCCCCAUCAUCGCUUCGUCGCGCGAGAGUGAGGCUGACGUCGUCGCAGUACACCCCCGCAUCCGCCCCGACCUCCAAAUCGAAGGAGUCGUCCAUGGCCGCCAAGUGGGCUCAGAAGACCGUCGUCAUCCCUCCCCAGCGUCGCGGCUGUCAUCUCGUUACUUCCAACAUACUGAGGGAGAUCGAGCAGGACCUCUCGGGCUUCAAAUGCGGACUGGCUCAUCUUUUCUUGCAGCAUACAAGCGCCUCCUUGACCAUAAACGAGAAUUACGACGCGGAUGUUCAGGAUGACACUGAAACCUUUCUCAACCGGAUCGUCCCUGAGGGCCGAUCUGCACCCUGGAAGCACACAUUGGAAGGACCUGAUGAUAUGCCAGCACAUAUCAAAUCAUCAAUAUUCGGUUGUUCCCUUAUGAUUCCGAUUACUGAUGGCCAUCUCAACAUGGGCACCUGGCAGGGAAUAUGGCUGUGUGAGCAUCGUGACCAUGCUACUGCUCGCAAGAUUGUCAUUACUCUUAAUGGGAUAUAGGUUCUACUACAGUUUUGAAAAUGAAAAUUAACCAUCACACAACAAUCCGGUAUUUUGUAUUUAAAUUAGGGCUGCUCUUUACCCUAAUGUAUUUAUACUGUAAGCUUAUUUGCUGUCUCUUUGUUGUGUGGUAAAAAAAGGGAUUCAGUCUUGCAUCUCGUGCCUAAUCAAGUAAUGUUGCACGUCAAAAGUGAAAUCAUACACUGCAUAUAGUAUCCUAAAAGAGAAGGAUACAGUCAUACUGGGUUUCAUUAUGGAGAUCUCAGUUUCGCAGAUUGGUGGUGCUAACUCGUCCCGAGUGGGUAACAGCAGUUAGUGAUCCAGUAUGGUAGGCGAUUCUACGCUUGACCAGAAUCUUUCUAUUUAACAUUGGGGUUAUCAUGUAUAGAAGGCCACGUUAGCAACUGGUAAUGCUAAUUUUAUCGCAUUUGUAUUUUUUAAUAUGAAAAACUUGAAAGUUGUCUAAA